ACUGAUGCUCCUUCAGCUUGGGCUAAUGGGUGGUAGCCUAGGCCCGUUUUGCACAGUCCUGUUUGGGCAUUGGGCCUAUUCCAACAGAAAUAAUUUGAGGGAUCAACUUUUAACGACUUCCGAGGCGUCUGGCUUACCUACAACUAUCUUGCUUCAGACAGUUCUAUUGUUGAUAGAUCCUGAACGUCCAUGGACUUGUAGAGUGAUUGAUUAUCUUAUUCAGAGAAAUCUACUGACUGUACUCAGAGAAAUUAUUCUUGCAGUUAAGGCAAGUAGGAAGGGUCAUAGUUCACAUGGGAAGAAAUCUUUAGUGGAGGAUGUGCUUACCCGUAUAGCAUCCCAUAUUCCCCAAAAGCUAGUUACUCCUCGGGAUACUGGUACAAAAUGGAGUCGUUGUUUCUCAUCACAGAUUCUUACAGUGCCUUUCUUAUGGCAGCUUUUCCCAUACUUGAAAGAGGAUUUUGCGUCUUCUAGACUGAGUCAGCAUUACAUUGAUCAGAUGGCAAGUGAUGUGGGGACUGAAUUUCCUGGUUAUGCCUAUCUUCUUGGUAAUAUUUUAGAGAUAGCAGCUCUUGCUUUAGCACAUCAUUAUUGCUCGGUUGAAAUGGUCGUAAAACUUGCAGCUACUGCUGGAACGGUGUUGGAGGCUCUUCCUCCUAUAGAAUCCGGGAGUAAAGAAAAAGGAGAAAGCAGAGAAAGAUCCACAUUGGAUGAGGAUGAAAUGAAUCAUCAUCAUGAAGCAACAGUAGGAGUCCAGGGUAGCAAUUUGAAAAGGCAGAUAAACAAUGCCAUAGACUCCUGCUUUCUUCAACAGUUGAAUAAGGUGUUAUCUAAAGGGCCUUCUGUCAUCCAUGGUUCAGAAAAUGAAGGACCAAAUAAUAUAAACUUGCCAGUUGUUGCCGCAGCUUGUGCUUUUCUUCAUGACACUUUCAACACUUUACCCUCUGAGCAAAUUGUGAAUAAACUAGCUUCUAGAACUGACCUUGUUCCAGAGCUUUGGAUUUUUGUGAAGUGGUGUUAUCAGAAUCCAAACUGGUUGAUGUUCUUGCCAGCGCAAUUUUCAGAUUUGUUGCUAGAUGCACCUCAGUGGCUAUUGCCUCUGGCUGUUUUCUGCACUGUCUACAAGUACAAGCUUAUGAUAGUUGAUGAUAAAGAGUUCUAUGAGAAGGGGAAGCCGCUAUCAUUGCACGAUGUCAAAUAUCUAAUUAAGAUUCUGAGAGAGGCUUUGUGGCAGCUCCUAUGGCUAAAUCCUACAGCUCAGCCUAAUCCUGCUAAAUCUGCCUCCCAUUCUUCUUUACUUACAAGGCAACCUGUUGAAAUUAUUCAAAGCAGAAUUGUCACUAUAGUCUCUGAGGUCCUCACACAGUUACAAGAUUGGAACAACAGACGUGAGUUUACUCCCCCUAGUGAUUUCCAUGUUGAUGUGGUUGUGGUUGAUGAUUAUUUUAUUUCUCAGGCAGCAAUAGAGGGUACAAAAGAACAUGGCAUGGUGAAUCAAGCUCCUGUCUUAAUUCCGUUCACUGGCAAAGUGAAAAUAUAUACUGCACAACUAGCAGCAGUUAAACAACAGCAUCAGCGACAUGGAGUUUUGGUUAGAAAGCAUUUUAUAAUUCGCCGGGAUCAUUUUUGGGAAGAUGCUUGUAGUCAGAUGAGCGCAUUGUCUGAAGAGGAUCUACGAGGAUUGAUACAUGUAACUUUUGUCAAUGAAUUUGGAGUUCAGGAGGCUGGUAUUGAUGGGGGUGGAAUUUUCAAAGAUUUUAUGGACAACAUCACUCAGGCUGCAUUUGAUUUGCAGUAUGGGUUGUUUAAGAAUUAUGAAGGGGACAUUUCUGAGUUGGAGCUCUACUUUAUAAUUGUGAAUAAUGAGUAUGGAGAGCAAAGAGAAGAGGAACUAGUUCCAGGAGGGAAAAACUUACCUGUUACCAAAGAUAAUGUUUUUGAAUAUAUUUAUCUUUAUUGUAACUACCUUCUGAAUAUUCAGAUUCAAAAACAGAGUUCUCAUUUCCGUGGGGGAUUUCUGAAGCUUAUGCAGAAACAUUGGAUCAGUAUGUUUAAUGAGCAUGAAUGGCAGUUUCUGAUAUCAGGUUCACCUCAAAGCUUGGAUGUUGACGACCUUCAACAACACACCAAUUAUACAGAUGGCUAUAAUAGUGGGCACUGCACCAUUGAGAUGUUUUGGGAAGUCCUUAAAAGUUUUUCGCUGGAAAAUAAGAAGAAAUUUUUGAAGUUUGUGACUGGAUGCUGUCAAGGCCCUUCUGGUGGAUUCAAAUAUCUUGAACCUUUAUUUUGCAUACAAAGGGCUGCUGGCGCUUUGGACCGAUUACCCACAUCAGCUACUUGUGCAAACCUUCUAAAGCUCCCACCAUAUAUAAGGUUUGUACCUGUCUCACAUUCGUUUAAUCAUCUUGCUAUUUGUCAAAUGAGUAAAUGAAAAGGGAAAGCCAACACUCAUGACUUGAGAUUCCUGGUUUUAGAAACUCAAUUGCUAGUUCUGCUAGAACUCUUUUUGUAGGAAGUCAUGCUUAAUAAAAAUUGUAGUCAUCU